UGGCAGCCCGCGGUGGCCGCGAUGAAGCAAGUAUUCAGUCUGUGUGAAAAAUCUUGGUCUGGUUCGCCUGUGCAGUUUGCUUGGCAGAAAACUUUAGGAAAUUUUCUUGCUGUAACAGGAGGUGAUCGUGCCGUGAAAAUUUUUGAUCGUCAUGGUCAGAAGAGAAAUGAAAUCAGCCUGCCAGGUAAUUGUGUUGCUAUGGACUGGGAUAAGGAUGGAGAUACUUUAGCAAUAAUCACAGACAAAUCUAGCACCAUAUUUCUGUGGGAUGCAAUCACAAACAAAACAAGCCAAGUAGACAGUGGUAUGAGGGAUGCAAUGUCUUUCUUGUUAUGGUCUCGAGUUGGAACUUUACUUGCUGUUGGAACAACAAAGGGAAACUUACUCAUCUAUAACCGUCAGACUUCUCGCAAGAUUUCUGUUCUUGGUAAACACACUAAGAGGAUUACUUGUGGCUGUUGGAGUAUUGAAAACCUCCUUGCUUUAGGUGGUGAAGACAAAAUGAUUACUAUAAGCAAUCAGGAAGGGGAUACUAUAAGACAGACCUCAGUCAGCUCAGAUCCCAGUGACAUGCAGUUCUCAGUUAUGAAGACUGAUGAAAGAGUAUCAACCAGGGAAAGCACAGUAAGUGCAGUGGUUGGCAAGAAGACUCUCUUCCUUUUUAAUUUGAAUGAUCCUGAUAACCCAAUUGAUCUGAAAUUUCAGCAGCCUUAUGGCAGUAUUGUGAGCUACAAAUGGUAUGGUGAUGGCUAUAUCAUGAUUGGUUUCUCACAAGGGUGUUUUGUAGUAAUUUCUACACAUAUUCGUGAAAUAGGACAAGAAGUCUUUCAAGCUCAUAAUCAUAAGGAUAAUCUAAGCAGCAUUGCUAUAUCACAGUCAUUAAACAAAGCUGCAUCAUGUGGAGACAGUUGCAUCAAAAUCCAUGAUCUGACAGAUAUGAGAGAAAUGUAUGCCAUAAUAAACUUGGAUGAUGAAAAUAAAGGUGUAGAUCAGAUGGCUUGGACAGAUGAUGGACAGCUGUUGGCAGUAUCUACACGAAAAGGAUCCCUCCAUGUUUUCUUGACAAAGCUUCCAAUCCUUGGAGAUGCUUGCAGUACACGGAUUGCAUACCUCACUUCUCUUCUUGAAGUCACCAUAGCAAAUCAUGUGGAGAGCGAGCUUCCAGUCACAGUCUCUGUUGAAGUAGAGCCCAGUUUUGUCGCUAUUGGUGUUUAUCAUUUGGCUGUAGGAAUGAACAAUCGGGCUUGGUUUUAUGCACUUGGAGAGAAUAAUGUAAAAAAGCUUAACGAUGUGGAGUACCUGGGGACAGUAGCAAGUAUGCACCUUAAUUCCGAUUAUGCUGCUGCUCUUUUUGAGGGUAAAGUCCAGUUGCAUAUGAUAGAAAGUGAGGGUUUGGGUGCUCAGGAAGAACGAGAAACUCGACUUUUCCCUGCAGAUGAUGAUAAAUACCGAAUUUUGUGCCAUGCUUUAACUAGUGACUUCCUCAUAUAUGGUACAGAUACUGGAGUUAUUCAUUAUUUCUACAUUGAAGACUGGCAGCAUGUGAAUGAAUAUCGGCAUUCUGUCAGUGUGAGAAAGGUUUUUCCAGAUCCCAAUGGAACCAGGAUGGCUUUCAUAGAUGACAAAAGUGAUGGCUUUGUCUAUUGUCCAGUAAAUGAUAGAGUAUAUGAGAUUCCAGACUUCUCACCAACCAUUAAAGGAAUCCUGUGGGAAAACUGGCCAAUGGAUAAAGGUGUUUUUGUUGCUUUUGAUGAUGAUAAAGUAUACACUUACGUUUUUCAUAAGGAUACCAUUCAAGGAUCAAGGAUUAUUUUGGCAGGUGUCAUGGAAGUCCCCUAUUCCCAUAAACCUUUGUUGUUGUAUAAUGGAGAAUUAACUUGUCAGACUCAGAGUGGGAAAACAAACAAUAUCUAUUUAAGUACUCACGGUUUCCUUGGCAAUUUGAAAGACUUUGGACCUGAUAUGCUGAGACAAAUGCUUACUCAGACUCUAAUGUUGAAAAGAUUUUCUGAAGCAUGGGAGAUUUGUACACUCCUGAAUGAUCAGUCUUGUUGGAAUGAGCUGGGCAAAGCUUGCUUACAUCAUAUGGAGGUGGAUUUUGCAAUACGUGUUUAUAGAACAUCUGGUAAUGCUGGGAUGGUGAUGUCACUAGAGCAAAUAAAGGGAAUAGAAGACCACAGCCUUUUAGCAGGACAUCUUGCAAUGUUUACUAGUGAUUUUAAUCUGGCUCAGGAUUUGUAUCUGGCAUCCUCCUGUCCUAUUGCUGCUCUUGAGAUGCGAAAAGACUUGCAGCACUGGGAUAAAGCACUUCAGCUGGCUAAACGUCUGGCCCCAGACCAAAUCCCUUUCAUAUCGAAGGAAUAUGCAGUGCAACUUGAAUUCAUGGGUGAUUACGUUAAUGCUCUGGCACAUUAUGAGAAGGGAAUCACUGGAAACAAUGAGUACCAGGAACACGAUGAAAUUUGCCUUGCUGGUGUGGCUCAGAUGUCCAUUCGGAUGGGAGAUGUCCGUCGAGGGGUAAACCAGGCCAUUAAACAUCCCAGUAGGUUACUAAAAAGAGACUGUGGAGCUAUUCUGGAGAAUAUGAAGCAAUUUUCAGAAGCUGCUCAGCUGUAUGAAAAGGGACAAUAUUAUGACAAGGCAGCAUCAGUAUACAUCCGGUGUAAAAACUGGGCAAAGGUUGGUGAACUUCUUCCUCAGGUUUCAUCUCCAAAAAUUCACCUACAGUAUGCAAAGGCCAAGGAAGCAGAUGGCAGGUACGCGGAAGCUGUGAUAGCUUAUGAACAUGCAAAGCAGUGGGAUAGUGUAAUUCGACUAUAUUUGGAUCACCUAAAUAAUCCUGAAAAGGCUGUUAAUGUUGUGAGAGAAACACAGUCUCUUGAAGGAGCAAAGAUGGUGGCCAGAUUCUUUCUGCAGCUUGGUGACUAUGGUUCUGCCAUCCAGUUCCUGGUUAUGUCCAAGUGUAAUAAUGAAGCUUUCACAUUAGCUCAACAACACAAUAAGAUGGAGAUUUAUGCUGAUAUCAUCAGUUCUGAAAGUACGACCAAUGAAGAUUAUCAGAGCAUUGCACUAUAUUUUGAAGCAGAAAAGAAACAUUUUCAGGCGGGGAAAUUUUUCUUGCUGUGUGGUCAAUAUGGACGGGCAUUAAGGCACUUCUUGCAAAGUCCAAGCACAGAAGAUAACUUGGCUAUGGAAAUGGCAAUUGAAACAGUGGGACGAGCAAAAGAUGAAGUCCUAACAAAUCAGCUAAUUGACUAUCUUAUGGGAGAGGGGGAUGGUAUGCCCCAGAUUAAGGGUUUGAAAUUUUAGACUUUUAGAGACACUGAGCAUUUGAUGGACAAGCAAACUUCGCUUUUUUAAAAGGUAAAAAAAGAGCCAAACCUCUAUCUCUUUUUUAUUUACCUCUUACUUUAAUAUGAAAUGUGAACUUCAAUAAAUUAUGGGUGAAGCAAAACAUAGCAAAACAAACAGAAUUCAAUUGCAAGAGCCCAAAGGGAAUUAAGCUGUUGGAGGCACUGGAUGAAAAAUCUAUACAGUAUCAGUGUAAGCAAGAUUAAUUUCAUAUUUAUGAUGGAAGUUGGGUGGAGAGAAACUGUAGCAUCCAGUCUCUUUUCUCAGAACAGCAGCCUAGCUGCCUCGUUCAAAAAAGUCCAUGGGACUGGGUAAGGGAAGUGAGCUACAGUAUGAUCUUCAUAGUGAAGAGAUUCUGAAGAUUUUAGAAAAGGUUUAGGAAUUUAUUAAAUGCCAUUAUUGCUGUAACAUUGUUUAAACAUUGCUUAACAUUUUUUUGAACUUCAGUGUAGAGCUUUGUUUUCCUAAUUUAAAAGCUCUCUCUUGUUCUUCUGAAUGCUUUAAUCCAAUCUACCAUAGUCCCUCUCAGUGAGUAACAAAAUUUUACUUUAUCAAAUCAUAUAUAUUUACUUUAAAAACCACUUUAAAAACAACUAUUAUCUUCAUUAUGCUAUGGAGACUGUUCUUGAACUUAUCAAACAAGAUAUUACUGUUUUUUAGAAAAUAGAAGCUUCUAUGUCGUGGCAUGUUUGUAAAGCUGAAAGUAAGAGUGAAUUUAAUAAUAGCCAUGCAGCAGAAACUUGCUCAUCAUUGGUCUUCAAACCAGAUCAUCACUGACAGAAGGCUGAUUGCUUUAAAUCUUUUGCAGCCAACAAUUGUAUGGCAUUUUAGUGACGUGCCAUAUUAUCAAAAUCAUUGUGCGCACCAAAAUUUUGCUACACUAUUGUCUGACUAAUUAUAAACUAUUUCUUAGAUGUGUGAUUAUGUCAACUAUUGUGUUUGUUAACUUCAGCAUAUAAAGAUUCUUAAUUUGUCAUGUGUGCUCAUUCAGGGAACAUUAACUAGCAAGGUUCUGCUGUUUUCUGUGUGCACAUUUUCU